AUGUCAGAGCUGUUUCUGCAGUAUCCAGCCUUCGCUAGGUCUGUAGUCAAGAGUGGGUGGCAAGUGUUGCUGGGUCUGACGAGAGCUGAGGAUCGAGGUCAUGGACAGAUCCGUUUGUCACCAUCUGACUCCGGACAUCACUGGUGCCAGAACAGCCACACCACCAACAUCAUUGUCCUCUAUGCUGAGCCAGAAACAUUAUAUGGCAAUGAGCUCUCUGUAAGCAUCCUCUCGGAUGCUGGAACGUGGGUCGAAGUUAUAUCUACCCCUGGCAAAUUGAUCAAUUCCAAAAAGCUGGUCGGGGUGGCGCAUCCAAUCUUAUCAAAUUCCGACUCCGAGCCUCCGCAGAGCUAUAUUGGGUGGCUCUGCCUAGAUCGGGUAGCAUGGUUCGAAACAGUUCCAGCAAUCGUGACGGCUGUAGCUCCGGGACACCUCAAGGAGUUGUAUGGCUGUCCAGCUGUCAUCAGAUAUUCUGGAGAACUACAAGAAGGGAAGCCAGAAUCCACAACACUGGUUGCUACGAAAAGUACUGUUUUGGAACCUUGA